AUGUUCAUUUUACAGCGAUAUUCCGUGACAGUCAGCCAUAAUUCACCAAUGCAUAUCUGUCAUGAACCGUCACAUAUUGCCUAUUCUCCUUUCGACAAUUACCGCAUCGAAACACUUGAGCUUUUCUAUAUCUAUCUACCUAUCUAUCUAUCUAUCUAUCUAUCUAUCUAUCUAUCUAUCUAUCUAUCUAUCAGUUUAUUAUCCAUCUAUCUACGACAAAAGAUCUCACUUUCUCUAUAUCUAUCUAUCUAUCUAUCUAUCUAUCUAUCUAUCUAUCUCAGGAUGGAUCAACCUAUUUAUCUUAAUCAUUUAAUGCUUAGCAAUCUUUUAUCAUUAACUAUGUUAAAAUGCUUGUAUAUGUUUUAUCCCAGUAUACGCAUAAGUUCUCAUGACAGUUUUGCAUAUCUAUCUAUCUAUCUAUCUAUCUAUCUAUCUAUCUAUCUAUCUCCAUAUAUAUAUAUAUAUAACAGGAUCGCCGACGCUUGCAAUCUUAUAUAA